UUUUCAAGAUAGAAGAAGAGAGGUUUCACAUAGAGAAACAGAGCAAAAAGAGAUAGGAGGGAGGGGGCUUAAAUGAUGAAGCUGUGGAAACGAGCUGCCGCCGCAAUCAAAGACCGGAAAAGCUUACUAGCCGUUGGAUUCUCACGGCGAAGCAGCAGCUCAUACCGGAACGCGGAUCUCGAAGCAGCUAUCAUCAAAGCCACCUCCCACGACGAUACAUCCGUCGACUACUCUAACGCUCACCGCGUCUACAAAUGGAUACGUUCUUCUCCUCUCAACCUCAAGACUCUAAUCAAUGCGCUCUCAACCCGCGUCAACCACACCCGGAGCUGGAUCGUUGCGCUCAAAUCUUUAAUGCUUCUUCACGGUGUUCUCUGUACUAAAGUUCCUUCCGUUGUCGGAGAGAUCCGUCGUCUUCCUUUCGAUCUCUCUGGUUUCUCCGAUGGUCAUUCGUGUCUCAGCAAGACUUGGGGGUUCAACAUCUUUGUUCGGACAUACUUCGCUUUCCUUCAUAACUACUCUUCCUUCUUGUCCGAUCAGAUUCACCGCUUCCGUAAUAACAGAACUAAAUCCUCUGAGAAAGGCGAAAAGGUGAUCCAAGACCUCGAAACGAUACAGAAACUUCAGUCUCUCCUCGACAUGAUUCUUCAGAUUAAACCAAUUGCUGACAAUAUGAAGAAGACGUUGAUCUUAGAAGCUAUGGAUUGUCUCGUGAUAGAGAGUAUCAACAUCUUCGGUAGAAUUCGCAGCGGCAUCAUCAAAAUCCUUCCAUUGGCUGGCAAAACAGAAGCUGCAACGGUUUUGAAGAUUGUCCAUAAGGCCACCUCUCAGGGAGAGGAUCUCACCAUCUACUUCGACUUCUGCAAAGGUUUUGGUGUCCCUAACGCGCGAGAAACCCCUCAGUUCGUUUGUAUACCCGAGGAGGAAGUAGAAGGAAUCGAGGAAAUGAUCGAGAAGCCGAAGCCAGAGAAAGAAGAAGAAGUGGAAGUAGAGGAUGAGAAGGCUAUGGUAGUGUUGGAGCAACCGGGGAAGCUGCAGACGAUCAUCACAGACAAAUGGGAGAUUUUCGAAGACGACUAUCGUUGUUUCAACAGGAAAGAAGACGAGUAUCAUCAAAAUCAUCUGCCUCUUAUAGUAACGAAGCAACCAGUUUAUAUCAAUUACACAAUGCCAGAUUUGAUUACUUUCUAGUGAGUGAGACAUUGCAUUACAACCAAUCUGGAUAAGAUUGACAUUUUUUUUAUUGGUUCUGUACAUAAACACACAAUUUUUUACGCUGUUAUCUGAGUUAAAAUUCAAAAAGAGGUACAACAUUUUGAUGA